AUGAGCAUCUUUCGGAUACUCCAGGAAGUCUCUAUCAAGCUCCAACUCUUAGGAGGCAAUUCCUCGCAGCAAGCUAAGGAGACGUGCGGAAGAGCGCCCGGUUUCUGCACGGCAGCCCUCGCUGGGGAACGACUGACGGGUGGUACAACCAGACAACCCGACAAAGAGAAGAAUGAAGUUCAGCUGGCUUUCGGGGUGAACAGCACAGGAGGUGUCACCCCAGUUCUAAGCGACCACUUCUGGGUUCCCCUCUCCUCCACAUCUACCCCUCGCUGCUCCCCUGCACCCCGGAGCGAGCGGGCAGGCGAGUGUGGAGCUGGGAAGAUCGAGCUCUCCAAUUCUAGACAGGAAGAAAGGCCAGGAACUGCAAAGAACGUACCUACAGGUGUGUGUUUAAAGGAGGCCCUCAGCUUCGAAUCCGGGGCGCUCCCCGGGGGCUCUGCCAGCUCCCACCACCGGGCCAGACUCUUUAACUCCCCGCUUCCGCAGCUGUCUUCGACCAACCAGGACUCCGGGCUGCCGGACGACUGGCCAAUCGCGUCGCGUGGCUGUCCGCGAACCGGCCAAUCGCAUCGCGGCGGCGGAGUAAAUUCGAAUGGCAACUCCUCGCCCUACGUUCCGCGCAGAGGAGCGAGGCUCCAGAUUCAAAUCAACGCAGCCCCACGCCGGCGGCGAGCGCGAGGGGCGGAGCCUGGCGGCGUUCUGCUUGAGAUUUCAAAAAUCUUGAAUACUGGCUUAGAUAUGGAAACUUUGUCUAUUUGUGUUCGACUUUGUGAACAAGGCAUUAACCCAGAAGCUUUAUCGUCGGUCAUUAAGGAGCUUCGCAAGGCUACUGAAGCACUGAAGGCUGCUGAAAAUACGACAAGCUGAAUUUCUGGAGAAUUCUUGAUGAGAUAUGUCAAGCUCUGCAAGAGGAUUUGAAGAUUGCAUUGUAGUCAAGAAUGCACAGUAAAAUUACUGCAUGCAGCAGUGUAGACAAAAUUUUCCUUUUAAAAAGAAUUAUAAAACCAUAGCUUUAUAAGUCAAUGGAAAGUGGCUUACAGAGAGAAGUGUCAGAUGUGUUUAUAUCGCAUUUACUCAUUUUUUUUAAAUGGCCCUGAUGCUUUGGCGUUGCUAUAUUCAUAGUUGUGCAUUCCUUAUUUAUAGCUCUGAUAGCUUUAAUUUUCUAAGCAGUCUGUCUGGCAGCUGUGCACAUCUGCUGUGCCUGGUUGAAGUAUUGUGGAACCCAUCAGCAGGGAUGUGCAGUAGUUACGACUUGUUGACAUUUCCAUUAUAAACUUUAAUUUUGAAUUGUUUAUGCAUAACAAGUGUGGAUUUAUGCUGUAUUGGCUGAAAGUUGACAGGAUUUCAGCCACGAUUUGUGAAUUUUGAUUUAUAUUUUUUAUGUAUACCAGAAUCUUGUUUUCAAAAUAAAAACAUAGAAAACAUUUCUUAUAAUCUGUUCGUUAACAAAGAACAUUUAGUUUUUUAAAAGUUUUGGGCAGUUAAUAGUGUAAGCCAAUCAUUUUUGUAUUGAUUAAAAAAUAAAACUUCUAGAAACUUGAACAUUUUAAAAGUACUGACAGUGCUUAGCAUAGUGUUAUUUUUAGUUUAAACCAUUUAAAUCUAAUAGGAAUAUUGAGAAUUUUUUUCUAAGUUUUCUAUUCUAUAAAGGCCUGUAAAAUCAUUUAUAAAAUGAAAUGGAGCCAACAUGCAAAAUUCCUUUUUACUUUUAUUACAUAAAAGUAAUUGGAAUGCUUACUUAAUAAUCCUGAGUGGUUAUUUAAUAAAUCAGGUGGUAUGUUUCAACAAAUAUUAUAUGUAUUUUUUUGGGGGGUAUAUUGUAGAUACACAUAAUCAGUUUAUGCCUGUACAUGAUAUAAUCUUGCUUUUUCCCCCUCUUCCCCUCCCCUCCCUUUAGCCCUCUUCCCUUCCUUAUUCAUAAAAACUAACGAAUACUAUAUUUUCUGAAGAAGUAAACAUUUUCAGUCAUUAAAACCAAUUAAAUGUGAAUCAGGAAUUAUAAGUAUGGAUUUCUAAAAUCCUUAUUUAUCUUCAUUUUUAUCCUUCAAGUUUUAACUCAUCAAAGUGAUGAUUCGAGAAGAAAUUUUAGAAAAUUUAGGAUAGAAUUGGUUCUGUUCCUAUAACAAUCUCAGUGAAUUUUUUUUGCAAAGCUAAUAAGAUUUAAUCAGAUUUUACUGUUUCUUAAAUUUUAAGUUUUUUUAGAUGCCAUUUAAAUGAUGGUACAGGAAUUCACUGCAUUUCUUUUUGUUCAGACACCUGUAUGAUUCUAAUAAGAUGUGGCAGUAUUUAAAUAGCCAGCUUCUCUGACAUUUAAAAAAAAGUGUUGGCUUUUGACUACUUUGACUUUGCAAAUGUACGGUGUCUGUACUGACUAAACGGAAAAGUGGUUUUGGGAGAACAAGUAUGAAGACAGUGAGCACUUGUGAGCAGUAUUUGACUUAUAAUAAAUAUGGUAAAUACUGCCUGGUACUCAUACAUAUAUUUCAGAGCCCUUUCCUCAUACCCCAAAUUUUGUGUGUAUUUCUGGGCCUUAAGAAUUGAUGGUUUUAUUUAUGAUUUUGUAGAUUAAGUUAUUUAUGUAUGAAACAAAGUAGGAAAAUAUAUUGAAAAAGAAUUGUUUACAGAGGACUUUAAUGUAUCUCAUUUGUUAAAUGUAAACAUAUAUUUUUAAUGGACACUUAAGUAAUAUUUAAGAAACCAAACAAAACAACAGAAUCACAGUGUCAUGUGUGUGUCGGUAACAAAAAUAAAGCCAUUUUGAUGAUA